AUGAGCGGAACUACAACUGUCUUGAAGGAAGCUCCUUCCUGCAAGUUCAAGAAUAAAUGUUUGCGUCCAAAGGAUAAGGAACUUGUAAAAUGCGCCCAGGCUGAUUGUAACAAACACUUUCACACCUGCUGCUCUGAAGCAAACAAGCGCAGCGACGGUAGUGUUUUUUGGGCUUGUACCAAGACACAUUACACGGCACUUCAAAACUCCAAGUCAUCAUCCCGGGUCCCUUGGGAUAAAGACGGUGCAGAUGGCCCUAGAGAUCCACCAAACUCGGAAAGAAUCUUGUUGGACUGGCUCCUUACUGCAAACAACUAUUACAAGUACAAAGGUGGCACUGGUAAUAGAGGAACGUCGGCUCUUGACAUGUGUUAUUUCUGCAGGAAUUCAUCUGCGUUGAGCCACUGCUGCACAUCUCCGUUGGCAAUUGCCUUCAUGUCUUCUUCAAAGAUAUAUUUUGACGACAUGCGGUACUUGGAUCGGUGA